GCAACUCCACACGACUCUGUUUUUUCGCGAAGCAGUAUAUUCUUCUUGUUUGAAAUCAGCUGCCUUGAGGUGGGGGCCAGCAGGAAAGACCUGAACUGACCCUCCGCGUUUCCACUUUGAAGUGAGCUACCUGGUUGAUAUUUCAUUUGUCCUCCAUGCCUUUGAGAAAGUUGCAUCCAUGACUGAUGGGAGGAUGAAAGGAUAUUUGGACCAACAAGUGCCUUACACACAGAAGCCAACAGGGAAUGGAACUAUGGACAGCAGAACUGUGAUGGCUUCACGGAGGAAAUCUAUGGACCCAGGUGUGCCCCAUGUCCCAGAUUCAGAAGAUCUCUUCCUUGAUCUAAGCCAGUUCCAGGAAACUUGGCUGACUGAAGCACAGGUUCCGGACAGUGACGAGCAAUUUGUGCCUGACUUCCAUUCAGAGAACUUGGCCCUUCACAGUCCUCCAGCUAAGAUAAAAAAGGAACCACAAAGCCCAUGUGUGGAUGCCUCCAGUUCCUGCAGACACACACAGCCUUUUCAUUACCAACCCAGGGAGCAAUGCUUAUAUGCCAGGCAAGAUUCAAACAAUGUGAGCCACCACGGCCCACUCCAGACAGCACCUAGCCAGGCAUACUGUAUGGAACAAAGUUCCUUGUACCAGCUGCAUGCUGAGACCAGCCAGUCCUUCUCUGCCUCUCAUGCCUUGGUAUCAGACAGCCCUUCCAUUUAUCAACGUCCAUGGUCUGCCCCAUGUUUGCCGUAUCCCCCUCAGGGCUUCAAGCAGGAAUUCCACGACCCCAUGUAUGAGCAAGUGAACACACUGGGAGACAUAGACCGUUCCCAGUAUGCAACUGGUGUGGUGAUAAAACAGGAGCGGAUAGACUAUGCUUUUGACACAGAUGUGGCAAGUUGCCAUUCAAUGUAUAGGAAUGCAGAAGGAUUACCAAGUUGUUCCAGUUCUGAAGGCGUCUUAGGCUAUGGUUAUGAGAGACAAAUGCGACCAUUUGCAGAAGAUGUUUGUGUUGUUCCUGAGAGGUUUGAAG